UAACCAACACAGAGAAAUACAACCAAAAUAAUAACUAAAUCUAAUUUAGCAACAUCCUUGACAGAUAUUGUUCUUUAAUGCAUACGUGUUAUAUACAAUAAAAAUUUAAUAAAUACUGUCCACCGAUCAUAAUAAGUCCCAUGAGAAUAACUCAAUCUGUCUGGUUGCGCCCCGCCUCAGUGACGUACGAUUGAUCGAAACGAUCACAUCUACCAAUCAGGCUCGAGUAAAACUACGAGAUCGUCAAUGUUAUUCAAAACAAAAAAUUAUGGAUAACAAAGUUGAAAUAUCAAACUUUUCAUCGAUUUUAAUCUAAUGCGAAAUAAAAACUCGAUUAACCAAUGGUACUCCAAAAAGAAGGAGUGGACGCAAAAGCUGCUUUCCCGUUAAUGUCGUUAGCUUAUCGAGGCAAGAAUAUCGAUGGAGCAAUACUGUGGUGGCCAGUUUCGACAAAUCCGUGUUGAAAAAACAUCCAAUAUGAAAUGGAGGUCGAUAGCGUGAUGACCUCGAAGCCAAUCGACAAUUUUAUUAUACAAUGCCGUGGCCUCACGUAUAAAACAUAUAUGUACAUACAUAUACAUUAUAAAAAUAUAUAUAUGUAUACGAAUGCAGUGUUGCCACAUCCGGAUUCUGUGUAGACCAACCAAAUACAAGGACAUUAACCUAAAGUUAUUUAUGUAUAUCAUUUUUAAACAAGAAUUUCAUAUAUUGUAAGAAUAAUUUUUAAAGGAACAAUGUGAAAUUUUAAAAGUGGAAAUAAUAUGAAUUGAAUUCAAAAUGGGGCUCUUUUCAUGGACCACCGUCGGAGUUAAAGGCUAUGUUGACGACAUAUCUCUAUAAGAGAAUCACUCGUUCGAGUCAGUAGUAAUCAAAAUCAAUACUAUAACGAAUCGAAAUUGUACGUGACAGGUUUUUAAUAAAUGCUUUCGCAAAUGACACUAUCAUGGUCAGUUUUGGAGGAGAAGUUCUUUAUCUAGGGCGAAUUCGCUCUACAGUACCGAAUUCUGUAGACAUUUCCGGAGAAGAAACUAUGUGGGAUAAGUAUUGGAGCAGUAUACAAUUCACAUACAACAGAUAUUUUUUCGAUUUACUUGAAUUGCAUACAGAGUAUCAACAUUUUCUACGGAGAAGAGAGAUUUCGACGAAUAGUUUAAGAUUUUUGGAAGACCUUCAGCUGAUGCUGGACGAAAAGAAAAUUUACCGGAGUUAUACUAGCAGGUAUAUUUCUCAUAGCUUCAAAGCGAGUCCGUGGCAGGUAAAACCUGUCCGCUUGGUUGCAUUUUUCCCUUUUGUGAACAGAGCAGGUAGUUACAGGAGCCGACUUUCAAACGCGGAAGGACCAGAAAAAAUACACAGUGAAACUCGAUGA